CCACACGAACCUCACUUGCAUAUCUCACAACACACCAAGCAGCAUACGCCUCCACCAGCACACAGCUGAUAUUAACAGCUCGAUCGGCCAGCUCCAGUCCACCUUCUAGCUAGCCGGGACAGCACCACCGUCGACGAUGGCCUCCCUCACCGUCUCCAAGGCGACACCGGCGGCGGCCGGCAACACCACCGCCAACAAGGAGCGGGAGGGCGCGGAGAUCGUCACCGGGGCGGAGGCGUGCUACGCGCACUCCAAGGAGAUGCUCAAGGGGCUGGGGUUCCCGGGCGGCGUGAUGCCGAUGCGCGGGCUCGAGGAGUGCGGGCUGGUGCGGGAGACCGGCUACGUGUGGAUGCGGCAGGAGAAGGGGAAAGCCUACGAGCACUACUUCCGCGGCACGGGCACCCGGGUGCGCUACGACGCCGAGGUGACGGCGUACGUGGAGGAAGGGCGCAUGAAGAAGAUGACCGGGGUCCGGAGCAAGCAGAUGCUGAUGUGGGUGCCCAUCGUCGAGAUGAGCCUCGUCGACGGCGGCGAGAGGGUCUACUUCAAGUCCAGCGUCGGCAUCGGCCGUUCCUUCCCGGCCGCUGCCUUCGCCGAUGAGGACGAGGACGCCGCCGUCGACGAAAAAGCCGCGCCGGCGGCCGCGCCCGUUCCCGUGCCCGCGCCGGAGGCUGCUGACGCCAACGACGAAAAGUGAUCGAUAUGUACGCGACCGUGUAAGCGAGAGUGAUCGCCGGUGCAUAUCGAUGCAUCUCAUGCUCAUGCCUGGAUGCAUGUAUCUAUUUUUAUUCUGUGAGUUUGCUUGUAUUAUUUUCAAUUGUUACCACGAUGGCUACGUGAAUAAAUCGAGCAAGUCUUUGUCA